AUGAAUGAAGAACUUAUUACCGUGGAGCAAGGAAAUAAAGGUUCUAGAUGCCGUAUGAAAAAUGUGACAAAACGCCAGACUAAACAGUUAUCAAGAUAUGGUGACCCCGACCCAGCACUGAUUCGAUUCGGACAGUCUUGUCAACAUAAUGGCAAAUCAUUUCAGUGUGCUACAGUUAAAAAACGGCACAUUCAGACUUUAAGGCAGAACUUUUAUGCAGAUUCGAUCAAAACUAACCAAGACAUUAGACUGUGUCAUAUGUUAUCCGUCGCUUCUAUUGCUCGUCGAAGAUCGGAUGGUGUUAAUGUGGUUCCCUUGAAGAAUCUCAGUGGAGUCCCGAAGGAAAAUAGGGGCGGUGAUCGUAAAUCUCAAAAAAGUGAAGAAAAAAAAGAAUGUGUUCGUCAUUUUCUCAAGAGACUAAAAGGACGCGAAAGCCAUUAUAACAGGAAAAAGUCAAAAAGAAUAUACUUGUCUGCAAGUCUGUCAGUUGCCAAGUUAUGGAGACUGUUUAAUAAGGAAUACCCACAAAAUCGGGUAUCAUAUUUUAUGUUUCGAAAAAUUUUUAUACACGAUUUUAACAUCGGGUUUUCAUCGCCCGCCUCAGAUGUGUGUAGUAAAUGUACGCGAUUGAAGCAACAGUACAAAUUUGAGACAAAAGCUGAAAUUAAAAAUCAGCUGCUAGUGGAAUACCGCGUACAUAGAAAACGUGCUGCUGCCUUUUAUGAGUUAGCCAAAGAAGCCCCAGAAAAUAGUUUAAGUUUCUGCUUUGACCUUCAACAGGUACAGCCCUUACCUCGGACGGCUAUUGGCGAUGCCUUUUACUCACAUCAGAUAAGUUUAUACGCAUUUUGCUGUGUCGAGCUGUCUUCGCGUAAUCCAACUUUCUAUGUGUGGACUGAAGAUUAUGCUGGGCGUGGCUCAACAGAAAUUGCCUCAGCACUUCUUCACCAUCUAGAUUCUCUUGACUACGAUAGAAUUGAGAAAAUAAGACUUUUCUGUGAUGGCUGUACAGGCCAAAACAAAAAUUCCUACAUAGUUCACGCACUUAUGUUUUGGCUUAAAAAUAAGUCUCCAGAAGGUCUGUCCGAAAUCUCAAUCACUUUUCCAGUCCGCGGACAUAGCUUCAUGGCUGCUGAUCGUUGUUUUGGGAGAGUGGAGAGGUUGCUUAGGAAAAAUACUGAUAUAUUUUCUAAAGAGGAAUACAUUAAAUUUUAUUCAGAAGUCGGACAAGUGAAAAUUUUAGGAAACGACUGGAAAAUUUAUAAUGUAAAAGAACUAGAGAAAGUGUACAAUAAGGUUAAGGGCAUUGCUGAAACAAAAAGAAUUUUUAUCACAAAAAGUAACAAAAAUCAACGAAAUCCUAAGAUUGAAGUGAAUACACAUCUGUAUUAUCGGUUUGCACCUGAAAAUAAAUCGCGUCAGAUAAUGCUAAAGAAAGGAAAAGACGAUGACAACCUGGUUCUUAACAUAAUACAGCCCAGAAACUCUUUACCGGAUAAGAAGAAACAUAGUCUUAGAAAGCUUUUGAAAGAGCUGUUCGGUGAAAAUUGGAUGUCGCGAGCAGAUCUAAAAUGGUAUAAAGAUUUACUUAUUUCUGGUAAUGCAGAUACAGAAACUAGCGACAAGGAAGAAGAUAAGGGCGAACAGGAUGUGCCAUGUGACUGUUUAGAUGAAGAAGCUGCUCUUCAUAUAUAA